AUGGAGGCGAUGCCCUGCCAGAACCAGCGCCUCGGCCCGCGGCCGCAGGAGGAGCCGCCGCCGGCCGCCACGGCCACGGCGGGCGGCGGCUCCCGGCUGAUCCGCUUCGCGGAGCCCAGCGAGGACAGCGGCUGCCCCAGCCCGGACAGCAGCAGCAGCAGCAGCAACGGGGUGGUGGCGGCGCCGCCGGUCCCCGCGGGGGAGGGCGGCGCGCAGGCCAUCGGGCCGCAGCUGAAGCUGCUGCCCAUGAACGACCAGCUGCGGGAGCUGCAGACCAUCAUCAGGGACAAGAAAUCCAGUAGAGGAGACUUCGUAUUUUCUGCUGAUCGUCUGAUCAGACUGGUGGUUGAAGAGGGACUGAAUCAACUGCCCUACACAGAAUGUACUGUGACCACUCCAACAGGACACAAGUAUGAAGGAGUCCGAUUUGAAAAGGGAAACUGCGGGGUCAGCAUCAUGAGGAGUGGUAGGUACUUGCAGCAUUUUCUGGUUAACACAUGCAGAGGUGAUGGCUUUCCAGUGGGAAAGGACAGAAUCACCAUUCAGUCACACACCAACAUUACCACAGGUAUGCUCAGACAUGUUCAUCAUCCAGGGGAAAAACCCACACAGUCUGUCCCUCUGUCCCCUGCAGGCACUGGGAACACUGUCAUCGAGGCUGUCAAGGUGCUGGUGGAACACGGGGUCCAGCCCAGUGUCAUCAUCCUGCUCAGCCUGUUCUCCACACCCCACGGUGCCAAAUCCAUCAUCCAGGAAUUCCCAGAAAUCACCAUUUUAACUACAGAAGUGCAUCCUGUUGCACCAACACACUUUGGACAGAAGUAUUUUGGAACAGACUGACAAUCUCAGAACAACUGGAUGUGACUCUAUGACACAUUACAAGAGGUUUUUUCUAUGUUUUAUUAUUGUUGAGUUGUCAAGGGCAUGUUUGGGAACCUUUCUGGCCAAAGGGGGAAAUACUUGACUUAGGUGAGUUCUGGCCUGAACAGGGAUCAAAGCACUCUGGUUACACGGCCAAGCAUCUCCAUGUUGGGGUUGUUAAACUGCCACACUCUGCUUUAACUUAUUUAUUCUUCUCUCUCUUGUCUGUGGCUGCCUGCAGAGCAAAUAAACCCACUAAAUCCCA